AACUUUUUUGGGCAGUGUUAUUUUUGACCUUUCGCUAUCUGGAUCUAGGGUUUCUCUUCUUGGCGACUCGUUCAUCACCAUCAUCAUCAUCAUCACCAAACCCUAGUAGUACCAAAUAUCACAUAAUAGAGAGGAACAACAAAAUCCAAUUUCCGAUCUGUUAGGAGAGAUUUUGAUUUUUUUUUAAAACAUUUAGUUUUUAGAUCAUCAAUUUGGGAUCUAAAAGUUUGCAGAAGAAGAAGAAGAAAAACAAAAACCUAAAUUUUCCUUUUUCUUUCAUUUGAUUAGAGAUUUAAAAGCACAAAAGAAUUGGACCAAACUCUAUAAAGUUAUUCUUGAAGAAGUUGUUGAUGAUUUUGUAAGAAAUUCCCCCCCCCCCCCCCCCUUUUUUUUUUUAAACUACUAAGUUGAACUUGAUGAGAUUUGAAAACUCGGAUUCGAUGAGGGAGGAGGUGGUGUUUGGGUGGUGAGAAAAGGAAAAGGAAAAAAAGAAAAUGUUUAAGUCUUUGGUGUAUAAAGGGGUUGAGUUACUUGGGGAGGUUGAGAUAUACCCAGAUGAAGAGAAUUACAACAACGAGAAGAAGAAGAAGAUUAUCGAUGAUUUGAAGGAUAUCAGAAUAAGCCAUUUUUCGCAACCAAGUGAGAGAUGUCCACCACUGGCAGUGCUCCAUACCAUUAAUUCUUGUGGUGUUUGCUUCAAAAUGGAGUCAAAGACCUCGCAAUCACAGGACUCGCCGCUCUUUCUUUUGCACUCCUCCUGUGUCAUGGAGAACAAGACUGCAGUGAUGCCCUUAGCAGGGGAGGAACUUCAUUUGGUUGCAAUGUAUUCCAGGAAAAAUGACAAACAGUAUCCAUGUUUCUGGGGGUUCAACGUUGCAUUAGGACUUUACAACUCUUGUCUUGGCAUGCUGAACCUUAGAUGUCUUGGUAUUGUAUUUGAUCUUGAUGAAACUCUCAUAGUUGCAAACACAAUGCGCUCAUUUGAGGAUAGAAUUGAGGCUCUGCAACGAAAAAUAACCAGUGAGUCAGACCCACAACGCCUUUCUGGUAUGGUGGCAGAAGUCAGACGCUAUCAGGAUGACAAGGCUAUAUUGAAGCAAUAUGCUGAAAAUGAUCAGGUUGUUGACAAUGGGAGGGUUAUCAAAAUUCAAUCUGAGGCUGUUCCUGCUUUGUCUGGGAAUCAUCAAACUAUUGUCCGUCCGCUCAUUAGGUUAAAUGAGAAAAACAUCAUUCUGACGCGCAUUAAUCCCCAGAUUCGUGAUACCAGUGUUCUUGUGAGGUUGAGACCUGCGUGGGAGGAUCUUAGGAGUUAUUUGACUGCAAGAGGGCGUAAGCGCUUUGAGGUCUAUGUUUGUACGAUGGCUGAAAGGGAUUAUGCUUUAGAAAUGUGGAGGCUUCUUGAUCCAGAGUCAAAUUUGAUAAACUCCAAAGAAUUACUGGAUCGCAUCGUGUGUGUUAAAUCUGGUUUGAGGAAAUCAUUGUUCAAUGUCUUUCAAAAUGGUCUGUGCCAUCCAAAGAUGGCAUUGGUGAUUGAUGAUCGCUUAAAAGUGUGGGAUGAGAGAGAUCAACCUAGGGUGCAUGUUGUGCCUGCUUUUGCUCCAUACUAUGCUCCUCAAGCUGAAGCAAACAAUGCUGUUCCUGUCUUGUGUGUUGCGAGAAAUGUUGCUUGCAAUGUCAGAGGUGGUUUUUUCAAAGAAUUUGAUGACUGUCUGCUACAAAAGAUUAUUGAAAUUUCAUAUGAAGAUGAUAUUAGAGAUGUUCCUUCUCCUCCUGAUGUGAGCAGUUAUCUAGUUUCUGAGGAUGAUGGUUCUGCUUCUGCUUCUACUUCUGCUGCAAAUGGAAAUAGGGAUUUACCUGUUUUUGAUGGCAUGGCAGAUGCUGAGGUUGAAAGGAGACUGAAGGAAGCAUUAUCAGCUGUUUCGUCAGCCAUUAACCCUGAUUCUAGACUUGCUCCCCCCCUUCAAUAUACACUACCAUCUUCUGGAAGUAUCUCACUGCCAGCAUCUCAAGUGUCAAUGACGCCUUUCCCCAGUGUACAGUAUCCUCAGGCAGCUCCAAUAGGUAAAUCAUAUGUUGGCUCUUUGGAAUCAAGUUUGCAAAGUUCUCCCGCUAGAGAAGAAGGUGAGGUACCAGAAUCAGAGUUAGAUCCUGAUACAAGGAGAAGGCUUCUCAUUUUGCAACAUGGGCAAGAUAAUAGAGAGCAAGCACCAACCGAACCUCAAUUUCCUGUAAGACCUUCAAUGCAAGUCUCUGUUCCUAGGGCACAAUCUCGUGGAGGCUGGUUUCCAGUAGAGGAAGAAAUGAGCCCUCCACGACAAAUAAAUCGGGUAGCACCCAAAGAUUUUUCUUUAGAUGCAGAGUCAAUGCAUAUUGAGAAGCAACGGCCUCAUCAUCCAUCUUUUUUCCCCAAGGUUGAGAGUUCAAUCCCUUCUGAUAGGAUUCUUCACGAAAAUCAAAGAUUACCAAAAGAGGCCUUCCAUAGAGAUGAUCAGAUGAGAUCAAACCAUUCCUUGUCUGCUUAUAAUGCUGUGUCCGGGGAGGAGAUUUCCUUGAGUCGAUCGUCCUCGAGCAUUAGGGAACCUGACUUUGAUUCUGGGUCGGCAGUGUCAAAUGCAGAAUCUCCAGUUAGUGUUCUACUGGAAAUUGGAAUGAAAUGUGGAACCAAGGUGGAGUUUAAGCCAUCUUUGGUUGCGUCCACUGAUUUGCAGUUUUCUAUUGAGGUUUGGUUUGCUGGAGAAAAAAUUGGUGAUGGAACUGGUAGAACAAGACGAGAAGCUCAGCUUUUUGCUGCUGAGUUUUCUCUUAAGAACUUGGCUGAUGUGUAUUUAUCUCGAGUUAAGCCAGAUUCAGGUUCUCUGCUUCCUGAUACUAUUGACAAUGGUUUUGUUAGUAAUGUGAAUUCAUCUGGGAGCCUUUCAUUGGCCAAAGACGAGUCUUUGUCAUUUUCAAAUGCAUCAGAACCACCUAGGUUUCUGGGAUCUAGAUUGGAGAGCUCCAAGAAAUCUACUAAUUCGGUCUCUGCACUUAAAGAUUAUUGUAUGAUGGAGGGUCUUAGUUUAGCUUUUCAUUCUCUGCCUUUACCUUCUAGUGGUUUGGUCCGAAAAGAUGAAGUGCAUGCACAGGUAGAAAUAGAUGGCCAGGUCGCUGGGAAAGGAAUUGGGAUGACAUGGGAUGAUGCAAGGCUGCAGGCCGCUGAAAGGGCCCUUGGAAGUUUAAGACCAAUGCAUGGUCAGAAACGUCAGGGUUCACCUAGGUUAUUGCAAGGAUUCCCAAGUAAGCGUCUGAAGCCGCCACAAGAUUUCCCACGAGGCUUACAGCGCGUACCUUCUGCUAGAUACCCUAAAAAUGCUCCCCCUGUUCCCUGAAAGCCCUUAAGACUUUUUCUCAUCACAUUUUCCUGCAAGGCUGGCUAUUGUUUGAACAUAUGCGCUGUACAAGAUUAUAGAAAUGGGCAAUGGCUGUGUGGAGAUCCAGAACCACCAAAGUACAAGCAAAACUUCAGAUUUCUUCUAACAACAUUUUUUCCGAUACCAGUGAACCAGAUUCGUUUCGUGCUCAGCUUUCCAAGUAACUUCAGCCAAAGGUGCGCUCAUUUAUUCUUGCUUUCGGGUCUGGUUUCCUGAACUGUUGUAGAAGGUUGGGUAGGUGGUUCGGUUUUCGCUCUAGCUCCAAUUUUAUUUAGUGUAAUACAAUUAUCAUCGAUGAGGUAUUUGGACGAAGAGCUUGUUUCGGUCUGGUAACCAAAUGUAAUAAUGGAGUUUGAGGGCAGCUUCUGUCAAUGCUGGAGAAUUCACAAUACGAAUUAACCAUAAAAACCGACGCUGCUGCCACUGUCACCGCAGCCACCAACCCUUUUUUUUUUCUUUAUUUCUUGUGUUCAAGAUCAACCUCUGAAGAUAUCAAUAUACUGAGUUUACUGAUUGUGUUGAUUUUGACCCAUUGGGGUGUCUUGGCGAAAUGAUGUAAACUGAUCAAUGAGCGGUUGUAAUACAAUUUUUUUUACCCUAAAUUGGGGGUUGAUGAAUCAAAGUUGUGAGAAGAAAAAAAAUGUUAUUUAAUGACCACAUAGAAUGGUAUGGUCUAUAAUUGUAUGCGAUGUUGAAAAAAUUCUUGUUCUUUUUCUUUUUAUAAAUGAAAAGGAUUGAUUUUGCUCUA